AUGGGACACCAUUCACCAAGUGACGACAAAGGUCCUACUUUGCUCAUACUCACCUGCCUAUUGUUUUCACUGGCCUUCAUAACCACAGUCUUGCGUUGCUGGGUACGAUGGGGAAGUCGUAAAAUUGGAGUCGAUGAUGGACUUAUGGCUCUUACCACCGUACUCUCAAUAGGUCGAAUGGCCAUCCAGAUUGUCAGCGUCCGCUAUGGAAAUGGAAAGCACCGCGAAUUUGUUUCCGAUCACGACUAUCAGAUUAUUAACAUGCUUACUUGGUAUACACAAAUCUUGCUCUUCCCGACAAUAUGUCUCAUGAAGGUCUCUAUUUGCCUUUUAAUUUUGCGAAUCAAGGACACUCGGACUUUGAGAUACAUCCUGGGUGCUGUCAUUACAGGACUUGUCUUGACGAAUUUGGAGUGCUUAGUGGUACUUCUCGCCGAAUGUUCACCCGUGAAAGCAUACUGGAACGGGACGUAUGCGGAUCACUGUUGGCCUGCUGCAGUGCGAAUCUACAGUAUCUACCUGCAAGCUUCAUACGCUGUCGCGACCGAUUUGAUCUGCACAGGCCUGCCGAUAUAUGUGGUCUGGAGUGUCAGUAGCAUCCCACUUUCAACGAAAGCUGCAGUCUGCGGUCUAAUGAGUUUGGGACUGGUGGCCACAGUAUGUUCAGCCAUCAGAGCUGCUUCGCUCGGAACCACCACGGACGAUCUUUCCUAUGCCUAUUGCAUAGCUGCCAUAUGGGCAAACACCGAGUUAUUUCUAGGCAUCAUCGCCGCAAACCUCGCCCUAUCACGCUCAAUCUACAAAUACUUCUCCGAGCACGCGAAAAAGCUGGCAUCAAACACUUCCGGAUCGCGAGCAUCACGAACACCAAACCUCCGCAACAGUCUGAUAGGACCAUCGCGCAUGGGCUAUGUCAUGUCGCCCGAACCAUCCAUGGCGUUUGAAGCGACCUAUAUACCUCACUCCAUACAAAGUUUCGCAAGCGCUGCGCCAUUGAAACCAUACAAGAACGCGGCAACCUUCUUCGAGAUGGACGAAAUAGAAAAAGGAAAACUAUAG